UCUGUUUUAUUUUUUAAAGAAAAAGACCAGCCUCCACAGAGCAAGGCAGGACAAGAUAUUGUGCUACAGUCACCUGUAGAUUGGGCGAUUUUGGAUGGCCGAGAAAGUUUAGAUGACCAUGGAAUCAUACAGUAUGAGUGGACUUUAAUGCAAGGUGAUCCAGCAGUCGAUAUGAAGGUACCUCAGCCAGGUACACUAAAGUUAUCUCACUUUCAAGAAGGUGUGUACAUUUUCCAGCUGACUGUGACAGACACUGCUGGUCAAAGGAGCUCAGAUAAUAUCUCUGUGACCAUUCUUCCCAUGGUUCACUCUGCAUUAGGCUGUGUUGGAGUUUGCUCUCGCUACCAGUUCAUUUGUGAUGAUGGCUGCUGCAUAGACAUCACGUUUGCUUGUGAUGGAGUGAAGCAAUGUCCUGAUGGAUCAGAUGAAACCUUUUGUCAGAGCCUCAGUCCAGGCCGAAAAACAGUGACUAAUGCAGCUAUUGGCAUUGCCCAGCAAAGACCCAUGGGGCUGAUUAAAAAUGCAGAUGAUGACCUCUCUGCAGAAAACACCCUGAAAGCCACUAUAAGAAAUCAACCACUUUCGUUUGAUGCAGACAAGUCAAACCAGACGCUUUCUCAGAGACCAAAGAAACAAACUGGUGGGUUUGUACCAGAGCAGUGCUUAGCACCCCCUGCUGCCGGCCCUUGUAAAGGGCACUUCCCUCGUUGGCACUUUGAUGUUUCUUCAGGCACUUGCUUACAUUUCAUCUAUGGCGGCUGCAAAGGGAAUGAAAACAACUUCCUUCAAGAAUCUGACUGCCUCAGUGAAUGUGUAAAAAUCCAUGGUGUGACUGCACAACAGACCACAAUGGAUCCAUCAUCUCAUUCCAGUUCAGAGCCAGAUAAUAGUUCCUCAGGGAAAAGGACAGGUGAUAAAACGGAAAACGACGUUGUUUUGUUGAAGAGCGAUCAGGGUGGAGGGGGACACCCAGUCCCAGAGACAGGUGCUGUGCUACCCCUGGCUUUAGGCUUGGCGAUCACUGCUUUACUGCUACUUAUGGUCACUUGCCGGCUGCGUUUAGUGAGACAGAAACUGAAGAAAGCCCGACCCAUUACAUCUGAGGAGUCUGAUUACCUCAUAAAUGGGAUGUAUCUCUGAACAGACGGUGUAGAUAGCUGGUUUUCUCCCCUUCACAGUUUUUUCCAUUAACCUCUGCCUCUAGCAAGUGACCAAGCUCCUCAGUAAAAUUUCAAAAUAAAAACUAUUUCUAGAUCACUUUGCCAGCUGACCUAUCUGUUCUUCUCCUUUGGCUAUAUGGUAAGCUCUCCCAUUUCUCAGUCCAGUUACUAAUUUGGAUACAUAUAUAUUUGUAGACAGAAGACAAGAACAGUUCAGGCUAUGUCUGAAAAUAACCUUGUACCUAUGUUUACCCUGUGUGCAGAAAAAUGCUGCAACUUGAAGAGACCACCACUGGAUGGCAGAGUAUCUUUGCCUUCCACCUCAUUCUUUCCCCUUCUGAAAUAACAGUUAGCCAGAGCCAAGUAUUUUACAUUAGAAAGAGAGAGAUUAGAGAAGUAUUGGGCUACCGUAAGGCAGGGUAAAGACAACGUAGGCAGACCUGUGGAAAAAAGCAAGUACCAAUACAUUAUGCUUUAGCAUGUCCAUUUACCAUCUGAGGAGUGUUUCAAAACCCUGCUCAUGCACUGGCAAAAUUUUUACUAGAGGCGUUUGUCUUUGCCUAGGUACAGGUUGCCCAUAACUAAAAAAGUGUCAGCUUUUGUAAUAUAAUUUCGAAUAGAAACACACUCUGUGCAUCAUCCGUUAAAACCCUUGGCGGUCAAGGCCUGAGCACUGCAGAUUCUAAGCACUGACAUGAAAGACAUCAGCACUACAGGGACUUCCGUGGAACAGCCCAGUGCCAGUGGCAAGUGAGCAAGCUCAUGGGGCUAUGCCCCUUCCCCACAACUCAGCUUGCUCAGCUUUUUCCACCCCUAGCCAAGCACUUCCAGGAUUUUGAAAGAGCUACGUGUAGUGACUUUGACCUGUGCUCAAGAUAAGCUAUGCUUUUGUUCCGGAGGACAUGGUUUGUUCUAUUAUACUGUGCUGUCAGUAAUAAAAAUGAAGUUAGUUCCAGCCAGAUAUACACAGGCAGCACUGUUACUGCUUCUACCACAGUGAGCUUGAUACUCAGGGCUAACUUCCCAUGUAAUGCAGAUGGGAUACCAUUUCUGCUUCCUGAGACAUUUCAGAAUCUUGCUCAUUGAUCAUCACUUAGCACCCAGCAAGCUUUAAGGCUUCAGUGACCCUCCCAGUACAAAUCUUAUAGAAUUAGAGCAAGUAAUUGAUGUGUGUGAAUGAACAUCAAACGUGUUAACUGUAAACUAUGUGCAGUACAUGUUAGAUAUAUAUACCGUGCCGUUUAUCCUGUUUGUCUGAACAUGCAAGGGUGUCGCAUUCAUCAAAGGUCCCAGUAAAAAUCAAGACAGAUAAGGCAUGCAUCUUUUUGUAUGUCGUCUUUUGUACUUCAAUGAAUUUAAGUCAAUUGGAAUAUUGCCAUGGUGUACAAAUAGUUAAUCAGAAAAACCCCAUGUCUUGAUGUCUUGAUUACUUUUAUGUACAAUAGCGAUAAUA